CCUUCUCUCUUGUUCUUCCAGCCAACCAUGGAUACUUGCUGCUAUUUUCUGGCAUUGACUCGUCUGUGAAGGCUGAGCUGACUCAGUACCAGAUCGGGGAGCUGAGUUCCCCAUGAGGGAAAUACCAGAAUUUUGGCGAAUUGAAGCAGAAUUCUACAGUGCAUGGAUUCAAGGAUGAACUCUGGGGAGGGAUUUGCAACUCCACAGGACAAAAAGUUCCCUUUUAUGGCUUCUUGGGUGCCAGUAAACCCAGAGAAGCAUGUCUCAACAUCAGGUCCGAUCCCGGCUGUCCAUAGCAGCCAACUCGGUGGAGCAGUUUGGCCUCAACUGGGUGGAUAUCCCAUGGGACAAUUUCAGAAUUUACUGAAUUACAACAUGGUGCUUCCAAUCUACAAUCCAAAUGGACUGGGGGGUCCCAGUGGGGUGCACUGUAGUAGCAGUUCCUGUGUGGCUGAGAGGAGCAGAAUGAUCAACAACAUUGCAGGAUCCUACACACAGGCCCUUCACAACUUGGGUGCUGGAUGUUGCUGUCAUCCAUGGGCAAACCAUGCAGCGGCUUGUGCCUCAGCAACCAGAAAUGCUAUGGCAAAUGGUCCGCUGACUCCAAAUUUGCAUUCUCAAGCUAACAACUGGAGACCGUCCAACUAUGGAAAUCAGGUGCUUGGGAACCAAACUCACGUUGGUAAUAAUACUAUGGCGUUUCCUUACCCAACUCACCACACAGAUGGAUAUCCAGUGAAUUCUAAGCCAAUAUACAAUCUAAACUUACCACCAAGAACAGAAGCUAGUGCAGUCUGCAAUUUGACCACCUCAUUCGCCUGCACACCAGAAACACCAGAUCUGUCUCAAAAGUUGGAGAAUAAGCAGCUAUCUUCAUUACCAACUCCAACGAAUGAAAGCUCAAGUUACAAAAAGAAAAAGCAGAAAAAUUUAAUGAUAUCCACAGGAAGUGAAGUUGUCCAGCAAAAUUGUGAUAAAUUCUUACAGAACAAUGUGGAUCCAUCAUCUGCCUUCAUUUCUACACCAACAAAGGAGAAAAGUGGCUCUGAUAAGGGAAAUGGACAUGGCAUUGAUCUAAACAAGACACCCCAGCAAAAGCCACCCAAAAGAAGAAAAUACAGGCCCAAAGCUGUCGUGGAAGGGAAACCCAAAAGGACCCCUAGAAUGGAAACUCCUACACAAACCAGCUCCAGGGAGAACCCCAGUCGAAAGACAAGGUAUGUACACAAGAAAGGAUUGAAAGAAUCAGCAAUUGAACAGGACUCUACAAGAGAAUCUGAUCCUUUUGCUGGGAAUACUGGAAAGAGGAAUUACAUAUGCGGAAAAGGACUGACAGAAUCACUAACUGAACAGGUAGAUUCUAUGAAGGAGUGUGAUCCUGGUGUGGGAAUUAAUGGGAAAAGGAAGUAUACUCAGAAGAAUGGCCUAAAAGAAUCAGUAACUGGACAGGGAAGUAUGAAAGAGACUGAUACGUGUGCUGGAGCUGCCACACAACCAUGCAGAAGGAUGCUGGAUUUUGACUUGGAGAAGAUUGGGAAUGGCAGACAGGUUGAAGUAGGUAAAAAACCAGAGUUGCAGGAGGGAUAUAACAUCUCUGAUUCUCAAGGCACAGCAUUCUGGAAUGGAAAAGUUAGUGGGUCAGGAACCAAGUCAACUGUGCAGAUCAGUCAACAGAAUGGAAUAGCAGAGGACAAUGAGCAAAGCAGAACCAUAAAUAACCAAACCACUUCCUUGAAUAAACUAAUUCCAGUGAACCAUGUAAUUAUGCCAGGAAUGUUUGGAGCAACUGCCUCAGAAGAAAACCCACAAAUGAGAAAUCUAAACCCCAUUGCAACAAAUAUAAAUAUGGGAUUUGCAGAUUCAUGCCAAAAAGGUAGCAGAAAUAAGAAUUCUUCCAUACAGCAAAACAUCCCUCAACCAGUACCAACAAAUUUGUCUAACUCUGAUAAAGGUCGAGAAUCCAAGGGAGAAUACUGUCAUGCUAUGGAGCAGAGUAAACCCUCAACUCUAGGCCCAGUGGAUUCACUAUUCUGCCAAGAGAUAAUCCAAAUGGAUGAUUGUCAUAGAAAUGGCAGCACACUGGGAGCAGAUUGUCCAGAAGCUCACAAGAGAAAGAAAACUGACAAUGAAUCCCAUAGUAUGGCAUCUUGUGAAAAACUGGUUAAUGAUGGCUCCAGACAAGCUCAAACGAGAAGCACAUAUAAUGCAAAUGCAGAAAAAUUUACACUGCUAAGGAAUUCUGAAACACUUGAUCCGCAUCUUGAAAGCAAAACAAUGGCAAGGAGAAAAGAUGGUGAUGCUGAUGCUGGCCAACCUACAAAUGAUAGGCAUGUUCACUCCGCAGCUGCAAGGCAGACUUCCGCAAAGCAACACAUUCCAUCCGAAUUGCACUCAGGCAUAGAAAGAAUGGCCGGGACCAACCAGUCGAUUCAAGUCCACAACUUAGCUACAGCUGAGAAUUAUAACCAUCCCCCACCAACUACUCCUGCAAAGGACUCCACACCACAAAAGUGGUUGGUUGUCGAUACAAAUAAUGUUUUCCAAAUAAAGGAGGGAAAUAUUUUGCAGAAGCAGGAUACAAAUCCCACCCUAUCCCACUUAGCUUCAUCUGCAACAGGAAGGUUGCUGCAAGAAAAGGAAGCUAUGCAUGAUUAUCCAUUGUCAUCCACAAAAUCUACAGGAUCUGCAAGACAAGUCACUCUCGUUGAUGAUAUGAUAAACAAAAUUAAGGGCCUUGAUAUGAAUAGAGGGAGAAGUGAAAUAGGGCAAGUGCAAAAUGCACUUGUCCCAUACAAAGGAGAUGGCACCAUGGUUCUUUAUGAAGGAUUUGAUCUUAUCAAGAAACGCAGACCACGGCCUAAAGUGGACCUUGAUCCAGAGACAGAUAGAGUAUGGAAGUUGUUGAUGGAGAAGGAGGGAGGUGAUGAUGUCGAAGGAACAGAUAAGGAGAAGGAAAAAUGGUGGGAGGAGGAAAGGAGGGUUUUUUCUGGACGAGCUGAAUCAUUCAUUGCAAGAAUGCAUCUUAUACAAGGAGACAGGCGCUUCUCAAAAUGGAAAGGAUCUGUGGUGGAUUCGGUUAUAGGAGUUUUCCUUACUCAGAAUGUAUCAGACCACCUUUCAAGCUCUGCCUUCAUGUCUCUAGCAGCAAGAUUUCCUCUAAACUCAAAAUGCAAAAGAACUAGUGACAGGGAUGUGGCAAACAUAUUGGUUGCAGAACUCCAGAUCUGUGAACCAAACCUGAAUCCAAAUGGCACUGUAAAUUGGCAAGAAAGUCCAUCCAUUCAUUCAUUCAACAGCCAACUCUCUGAGAUGACCAAUCAGUCCACAGAUUAUCAGAAGGAAAGUGAGAAUUCAGGUUUAGAAAGAGCAAGCUUAACAGACACACACAAUCAGAGCUUGGAUGAAGAAGUGCUAUCAUCACAAGGUUCUUAUGAUUGCUCAAUCUUACAAAUAAACGGAGGAAUCAGGUCAUAUUCAGGUUCCAACUCUGAAUCUGAAGAUCCUGCCACUGGAUACAAACUAAACAAUGGUCAUGUUUCAAAUCUUCACCAGAUAGGGAAUGCUGCCUCAUUUGAGGAAUUUUACAAUAGUAUCAGUAUGACUUCACUGUUUCAUGAAGGAUUAAAGCCUGCACAAAAGCAGACAGAAAAUGGGCAGCUGAAUUCAAGAUUGGACAAAAUGAAUAAACUCAAGGGAUCCUCAAUAUUUAAUCAAGCAGACCAUUUUAAAAAUCAACAGAUACAGGUUCCAGAUGUUCCUUUGAAUAAUUAUCAGCAGCACAUGACUUCAGAAUCUGAAGCAGUGAACUUGGACGAAUGCAGGUCUUCCUGGGUUUCAUAUGCUUCUACAUUAAAUAAGCCAAAACAACUUGUAGAAGAUGAAGGUAAAGCCAUGAUUCAGCAGAACAGACUUCCCAGACACCAAGAUACAGGCUUGAUGGGCAGAUUAUUAAGACAGCAUGCAAAGUACCAACGAGAAGAUUCUGAACCUGCAUCUCAUGAUGCACUUCCAGGAUGUCAAGAAACAAGCUGGAUGGGCAGAUUAUUAAGACAGCACACAAUGUAUCAACGAGAAAUUUCUGAACCUGCAUCUCAUACUAGAACUAGAAGCAGCCAACCCUGUAGCAAUAACCAAGGAAUUUGGAAUAAGUCAUUCCAAAUGGAAGGUGUGUCAGUCCAAGGACCUCUAAAUGAUGAUGCACCUGCUAAGAGCCAGAAUAAAACAGUACAAUAUACUGCACAUACCCAACUCACAGAGAGAACUUCAAACUUUGUGCAUAAUGCAAUGAACGAGAAAAAGGGAAUGGAAAAUAAAUUGGCUCAUUCCCAUUCAGAGGAGCCAACGAAUUCUACCACCAUGAGGUAUGAUGAUGUGAAAAAUAACAUCUCAAAAGUGAAGAGAAGAAAGACUGAGGAUGAGAAAAAUGCAUUUGAUUGGGAUAGUUUACGAAGGCAGGUUCAGGCAAACAGUGACAGAAAAGAAAGGACCACAGAUACAAUGGAUUCAUUGGACUAUGAAGCUAUGAGACAAGGUGAUGUUAAUGAGAUCUCCAAUGCCAUCAAAGAGCGUGGAAUGAACAAUAUGUUGGCAGAAAGAAUUAAGGAAUUCUUGAACCGAUUGGUCAGGGAACAUGGAAGCAUCGAUCUUGAAUGGUUAAGAGAUGUUCCCCCUGACAAAGCAAAAGAUUAUCUAUUAAGCAUACGAGGAUUGGGGUUGAAAAGUGUGGAGUGCGUCCGGCUUUUGACACUUCACCAUGUUGCAUUUCCGGUUGACACUAAUGUUGGACGAAUAGCUGUUAGGCUGGGAUGGGUCCCCCUCCAACCUCUGCCUGAGUCACUUCAGUUACACCUCCUAGAACUGUACCCGGUUCUGGAGUCAAUUCAAAAAUAUCUUUGGCCAAGAUUGUGCAAACUUGACCAGCGAACACUGUAUGAACUGCAUUACCAAAUGAUUACAUUCGGAAAGGUAUUUUGCACAAAGAGUAAACCAAAUUGCAAUGCAUGUCCACUGAGAGGAGAAUGCAGACACUUUGCUAGUGCUUUUGCAAGUGCAAGGCUUGCGUUGCCAGGGCCAGAAGAGAAGAGCAUAAUAAGCCCAGGUGCUCCAAUUAUGGCUGAACCAAACCACCCAGGAGUAUUCAACCCAAUGCCACUACCUCCAGCAGAGAAUGACUCACUUAGAGCAUCGUCUAGUAAUGUUAACUUUGAGCCUAUCAUUGAAGAACCAGCGACACCAGAACCUGUACAUGCUGAAGUAUCUCUAAGUGAUAUUGAAGAUGCAUUUUAUGAGGAUCCUGAUGAAAUUCCCACAAUAAAAUUAAAUGUUGAAGAGUUUGCAUCAAAUUUACAGCAAUACAUGGAAGAAAAUAUGGAACUACAAGAAGGUGAAAUCUCUAAGGCGUUAGUUGCUUUGAGUCCUGAGGCUGCUUCUAUCCCUACACCCAAACUGAAGAAUGUGAGUCGGCUACGAACGGAGCAUCAUGUGUAUGAACUUCCAGAUAGCCAUCCACUCCUAAAAGGGAUGGACAAAAGGGAACCUGAUGAUCCCAGCCCCUACCUUCUUGCAAUAUGGACACCUGGUGAAACUGCAAAUUCAACUGAACCACCUGAGCAAAGAUGUGAGUCCCAAGAAUUGGGAAAAUUAUGCAAUGAGAAAACAUGCUUUUCAUGCAAUAGUAUAAGAGAAGCCAAUGCGCAAUUGGUCAGAGGAACAAUUCUGAUACCUUGUAGAACAGCAACGAGAGGAAGCUUUCCACUAAAUGGGACAUACUUUCAAGUUAAUGAAGUCUUUGCAGAUCAUGAAUCAAGCCUCAACCCCGUUGAUGUUCCACGAGAAUUGAUAUGGAAUCUGCCCAGACGGAUUGUAUACUUUGGAACUUCCGUAUCAACAAUAUUCAAAGGCCUUUCAACAGAGGGAAUUCAGUACUGCUUCUGGAAAGGAUUUGUUUGCGUUAGAGGAUUUGACCAAAAAAUACGAGCACCAAGGCCUCUUCUUGCCAGACUGCAUCUUCCGGCAAGUCAGCUGGCCAAAACAAAAACUGAAAAUAGAAGAUAAGAAGAGCAUGAGGCAGCAGCUAUCUUUCUGAUUGUUACCAUAGGUACUAACCAGGCGUACCAUACAACAAGGCUAAUAAUUGCUGACGUAGAAAGAAGCUUUCUUGCUAACAUAUUAUUGUACCCUUCGUUAUUCUUUCUCUAACGCAAGACACAUUCACCCCAUGUUAUUGUUAGUUCCUUGGAAAGAAAUAAAAUCCCAUGGGAAGUGGGGUACAAAUUGAGCAUGCUC